GGUCCAUGGGGACUGGGACAUUCGCGUGGAACAAGCGGAGUUCAAGGACCUCAGCCUGUCGGCGAACACUGAGACGGGGACGCAAGUCAGCAUGGCCGCCAUUCGCAACGGGACUAGGGUAAUGCGUUCUUUCCGGCCCGAUUUUGUGCUGGUGCGGCAACACGUUCGUGACGCCCACAAGGACUAUCGGCCCAUCCUGUUGGGAUUGCGUUACGGGGGCGUCCCGUCACUCAAUUCUCUCCACAGCCUCUACAACUUCCAGGACAAGCCAUGGGUGUUCACACAAUUAUUGAGCCUCGAGCGGCGACUGGGUAAGGAUGCCUUCCCGCUCAUAGAGCAGACCUUCUUCCCAAACCACGUGGAAAUGUUGACGGCCCCCCGUUUCCCGUGCGUGGUGAAGAUGGGUCACGCCCACGGUGGCCUGGGCAAGAUGAAGGUUGAGAAUCACUACGACUUCCAAGACGUUGCCAGCGUGGUGGCCGUCAUGCAUGACUACUGCGUCGUCGAGCCUUUCAUCGACACCAAAUACGACAUGCACAUACAGAAGAUCGGAAACAGCUAUAAGGCCUUCAUGCGCAAGAGUAUCAGCGGGAAUUGGAAGGCGAACGUAGGAUCUGCCAUGCUGGAGCAGGUGGCCAUGAACGACCGGUACAAGCAAUGGGUAGACGCUGUCUCGGAACUCUUCGGAGGUCUCGACAUCUGCGCCGUUGAAGCUAUACAAGGAAAAGAUGGAAGAGAAUACAUCACGGAGGCCAAUGAUUCGGCCAUGCAACUUCUGGGCGAGACUCAAGAAGAAGACCGACGCCUCAUUGCCGAUUUGGUUCUCCAACGGAUGCAUCAAUACUGCAGGCCUGCAACUCUGAAACAAGGCCAUAGAACAAACGAAGAGCAGUCCGUGUGUGAUCAAGUUGCCCCUCCACAAGGCCAUCCGCACCAAGCGGCUCCUCGUUCCCAACCCACCCCACCUCAACCACCACCCCGGAGUGGUGAUGCGCGUGCUCAGCCUCAGCCUCAGCCCCAGCCUCAGCCCCAGCCUCCGCAACAGCCUCCGCAACAGCCUCCUGCAUCAACCCAGCAAGCGAGGGUUGGGGGUCCCGCGUCCCUCUUCCGUCGCGAGAGUCAGUCGAGUGAAAAAUCCGAGGACCCCGACGACACCAUGAGAAAUCUACGCAAGACGUUCGCUGGUAUCUUCGGUGACAUGUAGGCAUGGGGGUCGCUUGCCACUUCUCACUUGGUUACAAGGCUUAUUAAGUGCGUAUGCUUACCACUCCUCAGCACUAAAACUUAUCUAUGUCAGAUGUCUUCGCAAGAAAAGAAGAAGAGAAAAGCGGCAUGUUGUUGGCCGGUACUCCGAACCUAACACGAUUAGAGGUGUUCAACUGCAGCGUUGCCUACUUGAGCCAAGCCACACGGAAUUUAGCGGACUCAAUCUAAAUUCGUCAUUUAUUUUAAAUAUAUUACUUUGGCAAGUUUCAAAGUUCGGAGGUGCAAUAACGGGUCCUUGCGAGACAUAUAAAAUAGACAUUGCGUCAGUAGACAAUUGUGAAAAACAAUCAAGUUUAGUGCGUUUCCAAACUCUCGUUGGCAACGCUGUAUCACAGCGCAAAGGGCGUCACACCAUUACGACUAAGUUCCACGGAUAUUAAACGCGAAUAAGUAAAAACCGGCGCAGCAGAGCGAAAAAAAAAAAAGAAAAGUGUGUCGGAGUUGAGAUGAGCUGUAAAACCAAAAUACGAUUCCGAAGGACAUUCUCUGUUGCAAAGCUGGUGCAAACAGCCAUCAGUUAAAAAAAGAAGAGAAGUGGCAGCCCCCGGCCCGUGUUAGCCUCAUGGUUUUUCUCACUGAGAGGAGAUUCCCUCCACCAGAGGUGUUUCCCUGCCAUGCGAUGUCCCUCUUGAUCAUACUGACCACUCACAUAUUGCUAAAAACUGACGUCGCUUUUGGAACUAACGGAGCUUCCAAGCAGAUCGCUCGGCAAUAACAGCACUACCACCACCAACCAACGUUCCGUUCUCCUUCAAAGAUUAUGAGAAGAAGAAUACUGAGUCUAUAUGGUAUAUCGUACAGGGACGUUAUUUUGUUGGAGCGCACACUGGUGUGGGCACUUUUCAUGUUGGUGGUGAGCGAUUAUUUGAAAAGCAGUAUUUUACGGAAGGAACCCUCCCUGGGUGUUCAUCUGCUCAUGCUUGGUGCAGUUCAAUGACGUACAAAGACUUAUGCAACCAUGGCUGGGAAGACAACGCAUGGCGGGAAAGCCUAUCCCAACACUUAGCAUGAACGAAACGGAAGCUUUUUGAGAGAACAAUUUCUUUGUACUGCUUGCGACACACUUGUCCUCAAGCAUCACGUGGAAAAUGCUUUUAGCAGGCUGCUCGUUCGUGUGCUGCAUCUCUAAUUUUAUUCAAAUCUGUCCUUCCUCUCGACGAAAAAAACGUGGCUUUCACGAUAGAGUGGGAAUUUCGCGAUUUCCCCUCAUUUCAGUCGUACCCGUAGUUUGUGUGUGGCUACAUAGUAACAAGAAGCCCCUCGGGGACACGAUGUCACUUUUUAUCGUACAUAUUAUAGGCUAAUCAACUGUGUAGUGCCAGACUACCGGACUAUUUAAUGUCCCUUACGGGGUCGCCCACCGGGCACCCGCGUAGUCUUCAUCGUAAAGGAUGCACGUUAAAUCCACAUUAAAAAGCAAAAUAUUACGAGGCAAAAUGUACCAGAAGGUGGUGUUACGAAAUGCGUCACGUCAACUGCGUGUAGUAACUGCAUCAGUAAAUAUCGAUUACGGAUUAGUUAUGCAGAGAAGCACGACUUCGUUAACCGCAAAACAUGAGCGCUAUCUUGAAGUCGGUACGUCAACUCAGAGACACUGACGACGUCGCUGUAAAGAAGCCCUUUUGGGUGACGACUUCUUCUUUUUUUUUUUUUUUUUUUUCACGCCUUUAUUUCGUCCACUGUGAAUCACUGCCAUCGAAAUUAACUUUCUUUUUCCGAUACAUUCCCUCGAAAUGUUCCUCUAGUGCAAACAAAGCAAUACCCGGCCUUCCAUAGAUUUUCGUCGCUGUAUUUAGAACGAAAGAAUUUGGUGCUGCCACACAAGAUUUUUCCUAGUCGCCUUUGACAUCUACCGGUAAUUUACUGGACCUCCCGUAAUCCUCGCAUAUUGAAUUGAUUUGGCUCUACUAAAGGCUCUCACGUGAUAGCGAGAGCAUAGAUUGUGCCCCUAUAGGGUGGGAUAAGACGUGAUAUGCACUUUGAGACGUCUUUCUUGGAUCCGAAGGUGACAAAGACUUUCUUGCCUUUCUGUUACGACUGCUCUAUGUGUCGCAGCCCCCAGGGCCCAGUAUACAUUCCAUUUUCACUUAUUAAAAUCAAGAGAAAUAUUGUGCCCUCCUUCUUUUACACCUUAUCUGACGUUGAUCAGAAAUCGCGCGAAAGAUGAACCAAAGAAAAUCCUCGCCUCUGUUCUGCUCCGAAAAUGUUCCAACGGUAGUAAAGGAAGUUAUCAAAUCCAAGCUCUCUAGGCUUUAAAACAAAAUACGAGGGAGGAUUUACAACAGUACGACUGGCUUAUCAUGUUUCCGUAACAGUUAUCGUAAACACAUGCCGAUCUACUAGUGAGUUUUAGUGUAUUGUACGCUAUCGCCUUUGCGUACGUAAGAGAUAGCGUUGGUGGUUCUGCGCACGCGCAAAACAGAGAGAGAGCAUUGCAUCACGCUAUCCCUUACGUACGCAAAGGCGAUAGCACUGAAACGAUCUAAUUAUUCAGUAGAUGGGAAGGCGUCCACGAUAACGAUUCUGAAGAAGGGACUCCCCUGCUACAUCAUAUUGCUACGCUUCCAUUUGAUAACUUCCUGUAUCGUAUCGUUUUUCGUAGAGUUCACUAGUAAAGUCCAAGUCGGAUUUAAACAUGCUUCGGAAUUUACCACAGAAUCUGUUUUAUCUUCUCUGGGCCGAUAUUCCUGUGUGCUCUCUGUGUAUGCAUGUAUGUGUGUGUGUGUAAAACAGGCAAAUGUGUAUUCAAAUAAAACAGGUAGAAUAUG